ACUGAUAUAGUUGCUUUUGUUAAAGUGGUCGUGGGCCUUAUUGGAGGUUCUUUUGAGGAACCUAUAGAAAUUUUAAAGUCCCUGAAGGGUACAAAACUGCAGGUCGUGGUACACAAACAAACGAGAUAUUUUGUACAUUUAUCAUGAGAAAGAGCAUUAACACUGGAAGGGGAUGCUUUCGUGAUAAAUUACGUUCUCUAUUGCACUCAAUUGUUUUUCACUGUAUAUAAUGCAUUUUAGCAUACAUCUUGUACAUUCAGUCAGCUGUUUCGUUUUCCAUGCGAUGCAUAUGGUAACUACAUCGAAUUAAUUUCAGAUAUAUUUUGAUUCGAUAACAAAAACAGACGCAUUGACCGCUCGAACACAUUUUUGCUGUGCUGAUGCCUGGCCUGCUAUUGGUGCUUGUUUACACGAUGCCCACAGGAGGCGCUGAUUGGUCGCAUUUCUCACGUGACCGACCAACUUUGUACAUUUGACAGAGGAGUAGGUGGGUUUUGGAGAGAUCAGAAAAACGACAGCACGAUAAAAAUUAGAAUUGUUGCACUUUUCAAAUUAAUGAUCAUGAGUUCCUACUUGAUCAAUUCAAAUUACAUCGAACCUUCUUUCCCACCCUGCGAGGAAUAUCAGCAGAAUGGAUACAUGCCCGUGUCCUCUGAUUAUUAUGAGCGGCCGAAAGACGCGGGCUUCCCCCAUCACGAGGAGGCAUCAUUCCCGCGAUCAAACUACCAAGAGCCGAGCUAUGAUUACGGUAAUGUGUCAACCAACGGCCUCAACGAUUUCACCGACCGUCAUCACGCGCAACCUCAAUCCGUUCCGCAGAAUCAUGGAUCCCGCCUCACCACAGAGAGCUGUGCUGGUUCAGCUGCGAACAAGGAUUGCAGCCUCGUGUCAGAGGCUCUCCCAGGCGCACAGAAGGGUAAAGAGCCGGUGGUGUAUCCCUGGAUGAAAAAAGUCCAUGUUAAUACCGUGACCGCCAGCUACUCUGGAGGAGUGCCCAAGAGGUCUCGCACCGCCUACACGCGCCAGCAGGCUCUUGAGCUUGAGAAAGAGUUCCACUUUAACCGAUAUCUGACUCGACGUCGACGAGUGGAGAUAGCGCACACUAUGUGUCUUUCUGAGCGUCAGGUGAAAAUCUGGUUUCAGAACCGCCGCAUGAAAUGGAAGAAAGACCACAAGCUGCCUAAUACAAAGAUCCGCUCCUCGAGCUCUGCGCCCUCCAAUCAUCACGUGAAAACGGACGCCACUCAGCAGCAGCAAACACUGCUUCCUACGCCUUGUUCCUCGAACCUAUAGUGCUAGAAGCAAAUCGGCACAAACGGAACUGAAGAAGAAGGAAGAACACAUAGCAGUAUUAGGAUCGGAACUUCACAGGGUUACUUUUUAUUCAGUGUCCGAUGAGGCAACUUAACCUCGCCUUCCCAACCUCUUCCUCCACUCUAAUUUGAGCUGGAAAUCACAUCCUUCCUGUAAAAUAGUUUCUCUCUCUCUCUCUUAAAGGAACAAUAGUAGAAUGUACUUUAACUUGGACGAUGGAUCGUUACGUUUUCUGUCUUUAACCGAGACAUACCGAGUUUGUGAAGAUCUGCGCUAGUUACGUGUGUACAAAUUGACAUUUUAACUUGAAGGCACAAGUAUAGGAACAAUCUUCCUGGAGUAGUUAUCUUAUUUGUCUUAGUCCCAUAUUUUAGAGUAUUGUUAAGUGUAUUUACGUGAUCAAAGCUGUGAAUAUUCGUGUAUUUGGUUAUUUGUAUA